CUGCGAGCUUGAUUUACUUUUGUCAAAGUGAUAGCUGUCACAAUGGACGUGGCACGUUCACGAAAGAAAUCGAAGAGAAAGCGAAAAAAGAAGCUAACAUAUCUUGAGCUGAAGCGUUCGACAGCUCUAUUCUUCACAAUAACGAAAUUGCUCACACUGCUCGCAAUUUUAAUGCUGGUGACGAGCACUCGCCAGCCGUUUUACAACGUUCUUCUAAUAUCCCAAAAAGAUGUGCCCUACUUGAAGAACAUUGAAAAUGCGAUCAUUAUCCUCGUUAUGAUCAUUGUAGUUUGUUGCCUUUCGGUUUGCCUUUUCGUUGUGUACGGCUAUGCGUGUUCGAAUCGUUACGUCUUGUUUAUGUACGCCUUGUCUUUGAUUUAUGCAACGAUUUUCUUCGUCUACAUGGGAGGUGUUGCGUGCAUGAGGAACAACACCGAUAACACAAAAGAGCAACUCUUCAUCGAUUAUGAAUUUAAUAAUCAAUUGAAACGGGCGGUGCAUGUAAUACAGGCCACUUAUAACUGUUGCGGUUCUCCCGAUUUUCGCUAUAGGGAUUAUUACAGUUUACCGGAGAGUUGCUGUCCAGUUAAUACGACUCACUGUUACCACACAAAUGCCCACAAAAAACUCUGCAGUGUUAAACGUUUAACCAUUUGCGACGCAACCAAAGAGGCCUAUUUGAGGAGUUACGUUAUGUUACUGUUCAUUCCUCUUAUUGUAGCAUCUGUUGUGCAAAUAGCUCUGAUCUUCAACUUGGUCUACGAGUUCUCCAAGUCCAAACAAACAGCUGUGAAAGCGUAGUUGUAACUUGAAAAAUAAAUCCGACUGAAUAGUA